CCGAGUCCGACGGCCGGCUAGUGGACGAGGAGUGCAAGGCGUACGGAGGCGUAGGACUGUGCUGCACCUGCGUGCCCGCUGGUAGCGCCGGCGUUGUGCAGUGGUUCGGCGACUUUCAGGGCUACUCGGACCCUGGGCUCAUGUGCUACUGUUGGCCCAUCCAGUCGGUAAGGUGUGUGUCCCUAGCCGUCCGGCAGAUCAUGUGCAGGACGGACUGCAAGACGAAGGACAACGUGACCCUCGAGGUGAGCACCGCGGUGCAGUACCGAGUAGAGAAGAAGAAGAUCAAGGCCGCGGUCUUCGACAUCGUGAACCCGGAGGGGCAGAUUCAGGCCUCGGUCGACAACAUCGUGCGCUCGAGCGUCCCCGCCAUGUCGCUGGACGAGGCCUACGAAAACAAGGACACGCUCUGCUCGAGUAUCCUUCACUCGGUGUCGGGCAUGAUGGUGAUGCAGGCGAUGAAUGAGAUCAACGCCGCCCGGAGGCAUCGCGAAGCGGCGGUUGAGCGGGGCGACCAGGGGCAACGUGAGGCCGAGAAGCUGCUGCAGGUGAAGGCCGCCGAGGCCGACGCCGAGGCGAAGCACCUGAGUGGCCUCGGCGUGGCGCGCAUGCGCAAGGCAAUCGCCGACGGCUUCAAGGACAGCAUGGAAUCGAUGGGCGAGGGCGGGCUGAGUCCGCAGGAGGCCGUGCACAUGAUGGUGACUACUCAGUACCUGGACACCCUCAAGGACUUCGCCAACAACCCGAGCUCCACCUCCGUCAUGGUCCCGCACGGGCCAGGGUUCUCGAAGAACCUCGAGGACCAGGUCCGCGACGGCUUCCUGGGCGCCAACGCGCUCGCCAACCCCCCGAAGCAGAGGGCCAUGCCCCCGAGGUGA